CAGUUGGUAAAAAGAGAGACCUGUAAUUUGGGAUAACGAUCGCGAGGGUUACAGAAAACGAGAUGUUAAGAUGAGGGCGUGGAGUGACAUAUGCUCUAUAAUGAAUUCCAACUACAACGAGAAGAGUGGAGAUGAAAAGAAACCGUUAUGAAGAAUCUAUCCGAAACAAAUGGACAAACAUUCGAGAUUGCUACCAAAGGAAAUGGAAGCAGCGUCAAAGAAAGGCUGAUGAGAAAGGGACUGGGUUUCAAGAUUAUUCCAAUGAAAAUGGGUUUCUAGAACCUUUGGGAUUCCUGGAUAGAGUAUUAAAGAAAUCUCAAAAUUUAAAGUACAUGGAGUCUGCAAAAAACAAAGGUAAUGAAGUGCCUAAUAAAUCACGUCUUUCUAAGUUAUUAAAUUAUUCAGAUGACGAAACAGAAUUUAACUUCAGACUGACUACACCACCACCAAGAAAAGAUAUGGAUAAUGCAGAUCCUCAGUUUUCUUUAGUCAAAGAAUCUGAUUUGACUAAAUCUAAUCAACGUCAGAACGGUGACAUAGAUAAUUCAAGAGAUGCUUCUCCGACCAAGUUUGAGAAUGUUUUAAAUGAACCUGAAUUUAUCUCAUCAGAUUCUGAUGAUGAUGAUAAUAAUACUAAAAGUAUGCCACUAAUUAAAAAAGAAGAAGUAAAUGAUAAUAUUCAACGUGGAAAUGAACAGACUUCAAACUCAUUUCUAGCGUACUCUGAUCAUGGCAGUGAUUCAGGAGUGGAAAGAAUGCCAUACAAGAAUCGUCACCGAUCAAUUAAAAGACGCUUUGAAGAAGAAGAACAAGUGGAAGAAACAAAACAGGAAUUAAAUCGUUUUUUCAAUAAUGAAAUAUUGCCAUUCGUUACUAAGCACUUUAACAAAAGACAAAUAUUAGAAUUUAAAAGUAGCAUGCUUAUUCUAGUUUCCAACACACUAUAUCCUGAAAUGAAGAACGAGUAAUGAAGGUCAUAAGGGUUUCAAUUUCAUUUCUGAACGAAAAAGUCAACACUAAUAAUUAAUAAACUGGCAAAUAUGGUUCUGUAUAAUUACAAAAUAAUAACUUAAAUCAUACAACCAUUACAACA